GUGAGCAGAGUUGGCGUCACUCACUCUGGGAGCAGGAAGCAGAACGUCCUGCUGUGGGCAGUUCAACGCAAGCAAUGGACAUGGAGAAGGUCAACUCCAUGGACUUUGGAGAAUUCGUGGAUGUGUUCGGGAACAUCAUUGAGAGAUGUCCUCUUAUUGCAGCUGCAGUUUGGUCCCAGCGACCAUUCUCGGACGUGGAAGAUUUAGAGAAGCACUUUUUUGCCUUUAUUGAUGCUCUGCCACAGUCAGGCCAAGAGGGCAUCCUGCGCUGCCACCCGGACCUGGCGGGCCGCGAGCUGCAGCAGAGCACACUCACAGCCGAGUCGCAGCGGGAACAAGCCGGCGCCGGCCUGACGAGUCUGAGCGCGGCCGAGCAGCUCCAGCUAGCCGAGCUCAACGCGCUGUACCGAGCGCGCUUCGGUUUCCCCUUCGUGCUCGCCGCGCGCCUCAGCAACCGGGCAGCGGUGCCGCGCGAGCUGGCGCGCCGACUGCGCUGCCCGCCGGCGGAGGAGCUGCGCACCGCCCUGGGCGAGGUGAAGAAGAUCGGCCGCCUGCGCCUCGCCGACCUUUUCGGCGCAGAUCCCGCUAGGCUGUAGCUGCCGCACGGUCGGGGACCUGGGACGCGCGGCGGGAGGAGCGGGGACCCAGGCCUGGAGCUGUGCGCCCUGGGCGAGAGGCUGACUCUAGUCUGGAACCAGCGUCCAAACACGCUCACGCAGGAAGUGGAGAAUUGAGUCAAUCAUACCAGUAAUGAGCCCUUUUGUCCACUUGCCCACACGCACACGCGUUGCCAAAAUAUAUAAUUAAGUGCUUUGCCCCGAUUUAUCCAAUUUUUCACUUUCUUUGUGGCCUGUUGACACCACCAGCCUUUGAGGAUUUGAAAGCGCUUAUCCAGCUCUUGUUGGCUUCCCACCCUCUCCUGCUAAGCCUGAGCUGCAAAGCAAAACAGACAGAAAAGAAAACAUUUAUUCCAAAGCGGUUUCUCUGUCGCCCCCCGCCCCCCAUUUACGUGUGAGCAGAAGUGGCUUUCUCACUCUGGGGCACCAACCAGUCGGAGCUAGGUCUGAGGCAUGGGGAAAGUCUCGGGAAGGGGCAGUGGCCCAGGAAGAGCACCACGGAGGCCUAGCAUUUGGAAGGCGCCCCGUGGGGACGUGAGGUGUAGCUGCAGCCAUUGUUCGCGGGAGAGGUGUGCGGUGUCCGCCCUGGAUGGGCCUGACUGCCUGGAGCAGGUGGGCCCCUUGUCUCACUCGGUGGUCAGCCCAGGGGGUUGGCUCACUGUCCUGGGAAACCAAUCAAUUAUUAAAAUAAUACUACUCAUCGAA